AUGUCUGAUAAGGAAUUUAAAUCAAAUAAUGAACAAGCAAGAGAUAUUUUCAAUAGAGUUCAAGCAUUGGUAUCAAAAGGGAUAUUUAAACAUAUAAAAACAGAAUAUGGUGGAUAUGGAUCUAUAUUACGAUCUGAAGAAAAAGAUGAUGAUAUUAAGAAAUUAAAUGAACUUAAUGAAAAACUCUUAUCUAUAAAAGAUUUAAAACAGAGGUUAUUGUGUAUAAUAGAAGCAAUAAUUCAAACUAUAAAAGUAAUUAAUAAGAAAGUUUAUGGAUUAACAGAAUCUAUUGAAAAACAUAGAUCACUUAACAGAUUAGCAUUUGAAGCUAUCAAUUUAAUUACUAAAAACAAACAAAUACUUUCAUAUGAUGAUAAAAUUCUAAAACAUCUAAUGUUUAUUAACAGACAAUAUGUUAUGUUUAAAUUAGUUGAUGAUAAAAAUAAUUUCAAUUCAUACUUUAAAGAUAACAUUCUAACAAUGAGAGCUUUAGAUAAAGAAUUAAAACAAUAUAGACUUAAGAAUUUACCACUUGAAGAUUUUGUUAAAUUAUUACAAAAUUACUUUUUAGAAUAA